CAAACCUACGUUGACCGCAAGAAUGACGGCCGCCGAGCUCACCAUCCAGGAGCUCCAACAUCUGCUCGCCUCCACGGCGACCAUCGGCAAGGACAACGCUCUGGUGACGGCACACCAAUCGAAGCAGAUCGACCUCUUGAUGGAGAAGAUCGACUCCGUCCUUCAGAACCACACCACCAUCCUGUCCGAGCAUCGGCAAUCAGCAUCGACUGUUACCCGGCUCAUGAACUCCACUAAUGACCUCCAUGACCAGCUCUCGGUGCUCACUUGCCGCAUCGACAUGCUCGAGGCUCAUCCCCACUCGACAACUUCUCAUGCUGGUGAGGACCAGCGGGCCAAUGGCCACGGCGGCGACAAACAGACCCAGGGGCCUACCUCUCGAACCACUCGUGUUCUAGGGAUGCCCCUGGACCAAGGAGGAAGAACUGGAAAUUACUGAAGCGCAAGCCCUAUUAUAAGGCUGAUUCCAAGGAUUAUCACAAACCAUUUCAGAAAUCCUCUGAUGCUAUUCUUAGUACACCUGAACCUGACAAGCUCAAGGAGGUCUCCUUUGCUGAUAAGUAUGAAUCCCUACAUGCUAUGCGGCGUGCUAAAGGGCUGUGUUUCAAAUGUGGCGAUAAGUUCAGUCCAGGUCACAAGUGUGCUGAUAAAAUCUCCUUACAUGUGUUGGAUGAAUUACUGGAUACAUUACAGUUGCCUGGUACUUCUGCUUCCACUCCACUUACUGCUAGUGACUCAGAAUCUGACACUGACCUCAUGAGUAUUUCUGAAGAUGCCAUUCAAGGUACAUCCAAAAGGAAAACCAUCAAGCUGCAAGGGUUAGUGGGCAAACAAUCUGUGCUAGUUCUUAUUGACUCUGGCAGCUCCCACAACUACAUUAGUGAUCAGCUUGUCCUGGCCCUGAAUUUAGUGACUUCCCCAGUUCAAGCUACUUCUGUUCAUUUGGCAGAUGGGAAGCCCAUGCAGAGUAACAAAAUUGUGAACAAUCUCAUGUGGUGGACCCAAGGACACACUUUCACCACCUCUAUGAGAGUCUUAUCUCUGGGCUGUUAUGAUAUCAUUUUGGGCAUGGAUUGGCUUUCCGACUGUAGCCCAAUGUUUGUGAACUGGAAAACCAAAAAGUUGAGAUUCACACAUCAAGGCAAACGCAUCACACUCAGGGGGUUAAAGAAUACAGUGUCCACCUGUGUUUCAAUCACUGCAACCAACCUCAACAAGAUGAUCACAAAAGGACAAGUGGAACAGGUUGUUCAUCUCUGUCCAAUUACUUCAGAACAGCAAACACCUGAUGAUGCUGACAUUCCCACUGAAGUACAAGCACUCUUGACACAGCAUGUCACUCUCUUUGCUGAACCAGCCAGUUUACCACCAUCCAGGCCUUAUGACCAUACCAUUCCAUUGCUUUCAGGUGCCCAACCUGUGAACAUACGACCUUACAGAAUUUCUCCUCAACUAAAAGAUGAGCUGGAAACACAAGUUCAUGAAAUGCUCACAAAAGGUUUCAUUCAGACCAGCACUAGUCCCUUCUCCUCUCCAGUGUUGUUAGUCAAGAAGAAGGAAGGUACAUGGAGAUUUUGUGUGGAUUACAGACAAGUCAAUGCUAUCACAGUGAAGAAUAAGUGUCCUAUGCCAGUUGUGGAAGAACUGCUAGAUGAAUUAGCUGGUUCCCAAUGGUUCACCAAGCUUGACCUUCGUACUGGUUAUCACCAGAUUAGAAUGGCCCCUGGGGGAGAAUCUAAAACAGCUUUCAAAACUCAUAAUGGACAUUCUGAAUUCAGGGUUAUGCCCUUUGGACUGACUAGUGCUCCAGCCACAUUUCAGGCAGUCAUGAACACUAUUUUUCAACCUAUACUAAGGAAAUUUGUCUUGGUUUUUGUGGACGACAUUCUGAUAUACAGUAGAACCUUACAGGACCAUCUGAUUCACUUGCAACAAGUGUUCGAUAUCUUGCAAAAAACUAACUUCUUUGUCAAGUACUCCAAGUGUUCCUUUGCUCAACAGCAGUUGGAAUAUCUUGGCCACAUCAAUGGCAUUCAUGGUGUUGCCACUGACAACAAAAAGAUUGAAGCUGUGUGUACUUGGCCAGUACCCACUAAUGUUAAACAGGUCAGAGCCUUUUUAGGCUUAGCAGGGUACUACAGAUGAUUCAUCAGGAAUUAUGGUGUCAUUAGUCGCCCAAUGACUGAUUUACUAAAAAAGGGCACUGUAUUUUCUUGGACAAGUUUGGUGCAACAAUCAUUUGAUGCCAUUAAGACUGCUCUCGUUAAUGCCCCUGUUCUCCAUUUACCUGAUUUUUCCAAGCAAUUCACAGUGGAGACUGAUGCUUGUCACAAUGGUAUUGGAGCUGUUUUGAUGCAAGAAGGCCACCUAAUUGCAUUCCUCAGCAAAGCUCUUGGCCCUCAAUCUCAAGGGAUGUCUACAUAUGAGAAAGAGUGUAUGGUUAUGUUGAUGGCUAUCAAGAAAUGGAGACCAUAUUUGCAACAUCAAGAAUUUGUCAUCAAGAUAGAUCAUCAGAGUUUGGCCCACUUAUCUGAUCAAAAACUUACCACUCCAAUUCAGCAAAAGGCAUUCAUUACCUUACUAGGCUUACAAUACAAGAAAGGUUCUACUAAUCAAGCUGCAGAUGCUUUAAGUCGCUAUUUCGAGAUUGUGGAGAGUAAUGACAUAUCCACCUGUGUUCCUAAAUGGAAGGCCCAGUUGAUUACUGGCUAUGCUGAUGAUCCUCAGGCUCAGCAACUCAUUACCUCCUUAGUUGUCCAAUAAAAUUCUGCAGGCUCUUAUACAUUACAAGAUGGCUUGUUGAGAUAAAAAAAAACAGAAUCUAUGUUGGUGCCAAUCCAACUGCUCAACAACAUAUCCUACAAGCUUUACAUUUUGGAGGCAUUGGAGGGCAUUCAGGCUCCACUGCUACUUACCAUCGAAUUAAAGCCUUAUUUGCUUGGCCUAACAUGAAACAGUGUGUGGAAGAAGAGUAUGUGAAACAUUGCACUGUAUGUCAGCAAGCAAAGGUGGACCACGCUAAACUGCCAGGGUUGUUACACCCAUUGCCCAUUCCAAACCAAACUUGAUCCAUCAUCAGUAUGGAUUUUAUUGAAGGUUUACCCUUGGCUCAUGGAUUCAACUCUAUUCUGGUGGUCAUUGACAAGUUUAGUAAGUAUGGUCAUUUCAUUCCACCGCGCCAUCCUUAUACUGCUCAACAUAUUGCCCAAUUGUUUGUGGAUAAUGUUUAUAAACUUCAUGGUCUUCCUGAGGUUAUUAUCUCUGAUCGAGACAAGGUGUUUACGAGUCAUUUUUGGCAGCAUUUGUUCAAAUUGACUGACACCACCCUGAAUAUGAGCAGUGCCCGACACCCUGAAACUGAUGGACAGACUGAGCGGCUAAACCAGUGCUUGGAAACUUAUUUACGAUGUUUUGUCCACUCCUGUCCUACCAAAUGGCACCACUGGAUACCCCUAGCUGAAUUCUGGUACAAUACAUCUUACCAUUCUGCACUACGCACCACACCGUUCAUGGUCUUAUAUGGUCAUCCUCCACGACAACUGGGUAUUACUGCUGCAUCUGCCACGAGUGUUUCAAAAUUGGAUGUCUGGCUGCAAGAACGUGCCAAUAUGAACAUUGUCAUUCAGAAUCAUCUAUUACGGGCGCAGCAACGCAUGAAACUUCAAGUUGAUAAGGGCAGACUGGAACGUGAAUACGCUGUUGGUGAUCAGGUUUACCUGAAAUUGCAGCCUUAUGUGCAGAUGACCGUCGCUCAUCGUACCAAUCAAAAUCUCUCCUUCAAAUACUUUGGGCCAUUUCGCAUUGUGCAACGCAUUGGCAAAGUGGCAUACAAAUUGCUUCUUCCAGCUGGUAGCAAGAUACACCCUGUGGUGCAUGUCUCAGUUCUGAAACGUGCCAUUGCCCCUGAUACUGAGGUAUGUUCUGACCUACCAGAUAUUUGCAUGGACACUGACCAUGUUGCCAUUCCAGAGGCAGUCUUGUCUCGUCGAUUGAUCAAGCUCGGGGCUGGUACUCUCUCGCAAGUAUUGGUCAAAUGGCAUGACUUCUUCGACGGCCUGGGGGCAAACCGCUGCUACAGGGGGAGGCCAUGUCACGACAUCCACAGUCACCAGCGUUGAUGGGCCAACUCAAGAGAACCAGGCCCAACCCAGGAGGAGCAACCGCGUCAAGAAGCCCAGGAUCCGCGACUAAGGCCCGUACCAGCUGCAUGACGGUCAUCUAUUUGUAGCUGGCAUCGUCUUCCGGAAGAAGGCAUGUUAGAUCUGAACUCUAAAAACUUGUGUGUUCUUCUGUACUCCCUUCAAGUUCGUCCUUCCUUUGUACGAACUAAGAUUCGGAACUGAUUACUGUCUAGUGUGGAACUAGAGAAUGUCGUUCGCGUGACAGGCGCAUAUUCAAUUGGGUCGAUGAAGCCUGGAUGAUGUGUGCAUUUGCGCAUCUAA